AUGGCCGAGUCGCGUCCUCCGGGAGAGGAGGACACGUUCUAUUUUGCUGAUAACCUGGAGCAAAAUGUCAAUUUCACCUUAGAUCCCAAUUUGCUCGACUAUCCUUCUAUUGAGUCACAGUUUCUGGAUUUAAGUGCUCUUGAUUCAUUGAGAUCUGUCGAAAAACCUGAUCAUUCCGCACUCCCAUCUGUUCCGGCUGGUUAUGACUCGAAUAUAUCAUUACCAUUACCAUUUGACGCCGCUGAUGGGAAUAAGACCCCGGGGCAGUCAAACCAAGACUUUACAGAUGUCUCAUCUCACUAUGAUUUCUUUCCUGGCUUGCUACCAGAUUAUGUGACAGCCGACAGUACGGUAAAUUCAGAACCAACCCCUUGUGCUCAAGAAUCAGAACGUGCUGGGCCAGGUGCCGAACCUGCAGAACUGCGCCAUGCGACCAUUCCGAAUAACUACCAAUUACCGGCUAGUGACUUUACGGGUCUCCCCCGGCGCAGAAGUCGAUACUUUGUCCGACGGUUGGGGCCCGACCCAGAUCCAGUCUUUGUUCCGAACUCGUGCGCGCUAGACCCCAUGGACAGAUGGCAUGAAUCACCCCCAGAAGAUGAACCGGCAUCCAUGGCAGCUAUCAUGGAUGCGGUUAGGAACGCACCUUCUCGUGACUAUAGUCGCUUGGGUGACCGUGGUGCUAUAUCUAAUGCGUUUCGGCAUUACCGGCGAGCUCCAUCUACUUCUAGUGGGGAGUCGAAUGGGUCGUCAAGGGUAUCCGGGAGCUCUGGUGUGUCCAAUUCAUCACGGGGAUUGUGGACAGGCCUAUCUCAUCACUCCCAGUCUCGAGUCAACAAACCAACGCGGCGGCCUCAGAGAGCUACUGAUAAGCCGCGCAUAUUCUGUUGCACGUUUUGUUGCGAUACGUUUAAGAGCAAAUAUGACUGGGCGCGUCACGAGAAGUCUCUUCACCUGAACCCAGAGGCGUGGUACUGCGCACCGCAUGGAAGCACAGUCUUCUCGAUCGUGACAGGAAGAAAACACUGCGCAUUCUGCAGCGCAUUGGACCCUAGUCCUGAGCAUUUGGAAUUUCACAGCCACAAUUCUUGUCGAGAUGACUCUAAUAAGCCCCGUUCAUUUCGCCGAAAAGACCAUCUCGUCCAACAUCUACGGUUAUUCCAUCGUCUUGAAGCUAUGCCUUUACUUGAUGAUUGGAAGAUUGGGGAAUCCGCAGUCUCGUCACGCUGCGGUUUUUGUGAACAUUUGAUGAAUAACUGGGACGAACGAGUCGACCAUAUAGCUGAACAUUUUCGUAAGGGGUCUACCAUGAGAGAUUGGCGAGGUGAACAUGGAUUCCCGCCCGAAAUCGCCGAACGAGUGACGAACGCUUUACCUCCGUAUCUUAUUGGCUCUGAAUCUCAGAGUAUGAUCCCAUUUUCCGCGACCAAUGUACAUGUCCGAGAUCACUUUGCACAGAUCUCGUCUCGUGCGAACUGGAACGAAGAGGGAAACCGAAGUGCCAAUUGCGAAAAGACCCAAGUCGCUGCACCUGCUGAAACACCAAACGAUAGUAUAUCGCGCUCAGAGUUAAGCUCCUUCACGGAGAUUCUUACCCUCCAUCUGAGCCAUUAUGCCCAGCGACAAAUGACGUCUGGUGUCAUACCUACGGACGAAAUGUUUCAGCAAGAAGCUAGGCGGGUCCUCUACGACUCGGAGGACUCGUGGAAUCAGACCAUCGCUGAUAACCCGGAGUGGCUUUCUGCGUUUCGAAACUUGCACUGCGGAUAG